UUGAAUGCUAGUGAACGAGUUUGUCUCGUGACGAAGGACAAUGUACCUAUACCCGGAGGAGGAAUACGGGCUGACAUGCGUUUGCGCAAACUAUGGCACCGAGCAACGUAUGUGCUCGUCAAGCAUGAGCCAAUGCAUGUUGAACAACACGGAACACACGAUUCUGAUGUGUACGUACUUGUCCAGAAACGAUCUAUAUUGAAAGACUACUGUCCCGGAAAACUGGAUCCGGUGCCUGGUGGAGUAGUGGGAUAUGGUGAGACGUAUAGUGAGAAUGCAAUAAGGGAAAUGCAAGAAGAAAUGGGGAUUGAUAUUUCUUUGGGUCCGCUGCGUCGCCUCUUUACAUUUCCCUACGAAGACGACCACGUUGCCGUCUGGGGUGAUUUCUACGAAUGCACGUAUCGGGGAGCCAUGCGCGAUCUGAAAUGUCAAGAUACCGAAGUCGAAGAAGUCUACCGGAUGAGCCUGCAAACGUUAAGGGAUCAAAUACAUUCUUCUCCAGACGAAUUUAUGCCGGAUGCCUGCUACGCGAUGAAGUUGUACUUCCAGCGA